GGUCUGCUGGGCUGCGACGCACUGAUCUAUGUCCAGACGCCGCAAGAACGAGCGCCGUCGUUGCACGUGACGUGGGUCGGUGGCGACGAUGCCUUUGGCAACCGAGCUUUUCAGCCGGUGCAAUCGUUUUGGCCCGACUACCGCGAAAGCAUGACGACGUGGCCGGCCACCGACGUUACGGUGCUCCUCCAUCGGACGUCGCUGAGCCUCGAGUCGAUCCGCGCCGCGAUGGCGCACUGGCGCGGCGCACCGACGGCGGCCGAGAGCGUCGUCAAGCAGUUGUUUCGAGCGGCCUUUCUCACGCAGUGGACUGCGCAAGACAAUGCGGCGGUCUUGGCGCAUGGCAGCCACUGGUUUCUCAGUACAGGCUACGACUGGAGUGCGGUCAACGAGCCGAUUAGCCGCGACGUGGUUGUGUGGGCACGCGACGUUGCCUUUCAAUACCAGCGCCACGGUCUCUGGCCGACGCUCGAUCCGUUGCGCCGGUUUGGCUACCACUGCCAAGACGGCAUUGGCUUCUUGCACAUCGAUGUGCUCGAACAUCGCUUGGCGACAGACGAAGUCUACCUCUGCAAU